UGAUCGAUAACGGUUAUAAAAAGCAGAUAAACAUUUCUCUUUUCUCUGGUAUGUUUCUCAAAAGUCUUUUUCUUUCUGGUGUAGUGCUAGGUGCUAUCCAUGCUCAUGGAGACCAUAGCCAACGUAAUUUAGGUCAAAUCCCGCUCUCAGGCCCCCACGAGAUGCCUAUCUUGUUUAACAGACCUGUACUUGAAAAAGAUGGCUAUGUUCCUAGUUUUGCAGGUAUCUCUACUUUUGCUCAUCUCCCCUAUCUUCAAUGUUGGGAAGAGAGUGUAGAUGAAGACUAUGAUAUUGCUGUGAUUGGUGCCCCUUAUGACAUUGGUGUCACAUUUAGAACAGGUGCUCGAUUCGGACCCUCUGGUAUUCGUGAAGGAUCCAAGAGAAUCAAGGGAUACAAUACAGAACUAUCUAUCAAUCCCUUUAAAUCAUGGGCAAAAGCAGUGGAUUGUGGUGAUAUUCCAUUCGAACCUUUUGACAGUGACCAUGCCAUUUCACAGAUUGAAUCGCAUGCGAAAUACAUCCUUUCUCGACCUACACGUCCUUCUCUCUCGUCUGUAGAUGGUGGUAUACCUCGAUUGAUCACUUUGGGUGGUGAUCAUACGAUUCUCUUGCCUAUCCUUAGGGCAAUGCGCGAAGCUCAUGGACGACCUAUCUCUGUUAUCCAUUUUGAUUCUCAUUUGGAUACCUGGGCUCCUGAAACCUACAAUGUAAAAGCUAAAGGAUCUAAAUACAAUCAUGGAAAUCCUCUUUAUCAUGCAGCCAAAGAAGGCUUGACGACCAAUGGCACCAGUCUCCAUGUAGGUAUUCGAUCUACUUUAUAUGACGAGCUUGAUUUUUCUCGGGAUGAAGCAUUGGGUUUCCGUAUCGUCAAGGCAAACGAUAUUUUCACAUUAGGUGUACAAGGUAUUUCAGAUCGUAUUCAAGAGAUCUUGGGCCCUCGAGAAGAUACUCUUGUCUAUCUUUCAAUUGAUAUUGAUGUGAUUGAUCCUUCCAUGGCUCCUGCUACAGGAACACCAGAAACAGGCGGAUUUUUAACAAGAGAGAUGAGAUAUAUAUUAAGGAGCUUAGAUGGAUAUAACAUAGUGGGCAUGGAUGUUGUAGAAGUAGCACCUGCUUAUGAUACUCAAGCACAACUAACGACAUUUUUGGCUGCUGACCUUAUUUAUGAGGCGUUUUCCAUGAUGGUAAAAUAUGCAGAAACUCAUCAAUAAAAAAAAAAGAGACUGUCAUUUUAAA